AUGAACGUCGGCAGUGAUAUCACGCAGUUAUCCUACAAGGAGCUGCAGGCCCUGGCCCUGAGGUAUCGCGUACCGGGUAACAUCAAGAAGAAAAUGCUGGUUAAAGUUUUGCAAGCCGCUAGAAGCGGAAAUGAUGCAGAGUUUUGCCGGUUAUUACAAGAGCUGAGGAAAAAUCGCAAGAGGAAAACGAGGAAGUCAAAGGACUCGAAGCUCGGGAUAACAUCGACGCCGUUGCACAGUCCCGAUUAUGUAAUGACUGAUGACGACUAUUAUUGUCAGCAACAACAACAGCAGCCACAGCAACAAUCACCUUAUCAAUGGUGCUUUCCAUUUUUGCAGAUCGGUGCCGAGGAGGAAAUAGUGAGUAAGGAGGAUGAUACCAAGAUUCCACAAUAUGAGGAGUUUAAACAGUUCCUACUCAAGAGAAUUCAACGAGAAUUCCAAGCAUGUGACAACAACAAUAACCAAGUGGAAGAUCUGAAUAUUGUAGAUUUACGGACAACGUCAAUGUCGCCCAAUCUUCAAACGAUCCCUCUUGUCGAACCGAGCUAUCCGAAAGUGAAUCUGAUCAACGAUACGGAUCCUCUUGCGAUCUCGUCGACUGACAGAUCAAAUUAUCAAGUGCUGAAAGAACCUGAGGGAAGCUCGCAGGGUUCGUUUUUGUUAAAAAGAAUGCUACAGGCACCAGUAGGCGCCAAUCUAGGUGAAAUUGCUAGCUCUCUCUUCUGGGCUAGCAAUUUACUAGACAAUUCUGAUACCCUAACCGCCGAGUCAGAGAGUAAUGAGAAUGAGAAUCAGCUGGACACAAAUACCAAUGAAUAUUACAACUUGCUGAAGAAUUCUAGGGGCGAGUUCUUGCUAAAUGAAGCAAACUUGGUGCCUCAGCAAGUUUCAAGUGUACUAACCAGUGACAAUCAAUAUAGGUUCCCUAGUGACGUAGAUAAUCGGCCCAAUUCUUACCAGAAUUGGACAAUCACUAGCGUGGAAGUACCCGACGGUGAUCUGCAGUCCUCUAACUCUCGCGUGUUCCACGCGAUCUAUUACAACAAUACGGAUCCCACUGUAGCUACUGCGAAUAUGGACAAUAAUGUGACUUAUCAGUAUCAAACGGAUACCUCCUGCAACAACGGCCAAAAUUUCUUCAACUUUGAUACGCAGAACGUCAAUUACACAACCGGCACAGACAUAAUGGCCAAUGAUACCUCCGAUAUUUAUUAUCUGCAAAAUUUUGGCAAACACACUGGGGAGAUGGAUACGGGAUAUUUUCGCAAUGUUGAUACCUUCGGACAGAAUAAUGUGCAGCAAAAUGUCUAUGCGAAUGAUCAACAAUAUCAAUACAUUUAUCCUCGUUUUACUCAGGAAACAAAAAAUCUAUUCAACGAAAGGUUCGAGCAACCACAAAGCAAUCUUGUAGCAGGAUUAGAACAUAAUAUUAAUCAAGAAACUAGUACAGGGAAUUUGCAGGGACCGGCAAAUGGAACAGUGGAAGCAUUCCGGCCAAAGUGGACUUCCGAGUCCAACAAUUUGGAGAACAUUCUGAAUUAUCAUCUAUCCAAGGAAGUAGAUUACUCCAAAUUAAGUCAAACAUCCUGCGUCUAUUGCUACGUAGCUCCAAUCGUCUCGCAGCGAUCUAAUCUGGCAAUUAAUGGCUGCUCGAUUCAACGAAGAUACACCGCCGAACAGCGACAACAUUCCUUUUCGCCUUACUGGAUGUUAUAUAACGACACAUCACAAGGUAUGCGAAUGACAAAUGUGCCUAGCAAUCCACUCGAGCAACCAAUGUCGACACAUGCAACCAUCAUCACUAAUAACGAUGAUUUGAGAGAGAUUGCCAACAACGCUCCUAUCAAUGAUGUGUGGAUGAAUCAGUACGAGCCACCAUCCAUCGUUGACGACAUGAACAUUCAGGUUUCAGAUUCGCUCUUUUAUAACGUUGAUCGAAUCGACGAUAUCCCGGACGCGCCGGAUAUAGCAAAGACUUAAAAUUCGCGCGCGAUUUAUGGUUUAUAGUAAACAAACAACUAGAAUAAAAUUAUGAUUUUUAAGAUGAUGGAUAGAGCGUUCCCCGAACCGCAGAGUGACAACGAAGGGACAUUUCUCUAGAAUAAUUAUUUCUUUCCGUUUCUAAGUCACGGAAGAAUUUUGUUAGUGUUCCAGCUUGGAACUGGAAUAACCGAAGUCUAUUCGUCAUUGUGUACCGCGUAAUUGACGCCUCAGUAAUUAUUUUGUGCAAUUGUUCCGCGAGAUGCAACAACGUAUUCUUCCGUUUUCGCGUCACCGAGUGACAGGCGCAAUUAUUUCUCCGAUUUGUAACUGAAACGAAAACGAUAUUCGAACAAAAAGAAAUAGCAAACAGAAAUGGAAGUUGAAUAAUCGAUAUUAUCUUGUAAGAUAAAUGGACGGAUCUAUGUUUAAACGUACAACGCUUCUAUUAUAGAUCAUUAAAAGUUCUAUUUUAAAGCACAGAAAUUUCAGGACUCAAUAUCUUGGAAAGGCAAAUAUAUAUUGUGAA